AAUCUGGUACUACUAGAGUAUGAGAUUUCCAUCGCUAUUUACCACUCCUCAUCAAUGUUGUGCACAGUAGCUCUGUCCUCCAAUGAGGUUUUAAUGGAAUACCACUCCUCGUCAAUGUUGUGCACAGUAGCUCUGUCCUCCAAUGAGGUUUUAAUGGAAUACCACUCCUCGUCAAUGUUGUGCACAGUAGCUCUGUCCUCAAUGAGGUUUUAAUGGAAUACCACUCCUCGUCAAUGUUGUGCACAGUAGCUCUGUCCUCAAUGAGGUUUUAAUGUAAUACCAGUCCUCAGUAUAGUCUCGUCAAAAAACGCGAAUUUGAUUUUCUUCAAUCACGAAACGAGUCACUUGAUAUCCCAUUUUUGUGCUGCCUCACUGCACUUUCAUUUAAAUGUGUUGCAGGCAGCUGAAAUGUAGGUGUCUGUUUGAUGCUCAUGUGAAUGGCGCGUGAUAACUCUGCCUGACGCCUGAAUGGUAAGAAACGGACAUGAUUCAUUUAGCGAUCAAGACCUGUGAGAUCAUUUCAUUCAAACGUACUGAAUUACCAGACUGGAUCAGUUAUUAGGCUUUGCUUUUAAAAAAUACAAAACAAAUGUACAGUGAAAUUAUAGCUAAACCCUGAUGAUCGAAACAGCUUUGGUAACAUCUUAAACUCUUGGUGCUCAUUUUGAACGCCUUCAUUGCGGUCCAUGACAGUGGCAGAUGUACCGCCAAUAUUCCAGAUGCGCGCUGGUCUCAAACUGGUCAACCUUGGUCUGUAUAUUGUCCUGAUUAUCGAUCAUUUCAAGCAUGUAUACAUUAACUAUAAGGCUAGUUGCUGCUUGAUGCUGCAGGGCUGUGUUCCAUUUAAGUUGUCUUUUUCAUAGCUAAACAAAGCAUCUACAGAUUCGCCCUCGAUAUAUUAUUAGAUUAUUGGAUUAAAAAGCCUAUAUAUUUGGAGUGAGAAUGAGAUGUCAUGUCUAUUUAUUUUGUGUCAAAUUUGCAAUAGAUCCUCUUGCAGAAUCAAACAUGUACGUUUAGUUUAAUCUUUUUCUAAUCAGCGAUAGUAAAUGAACCCCUAUGAUAACAAUAAUAAUCAAAAAAGCAACUAAUUUAAUAAUAAAUGUAUGUCUCGUUUGAAAUCUUAUGUCUAUUUAGUCUCACAAACUCCAAGAAUGCAAUAUAAUAAAUGUAUAACAUGAAUAAUUAAACCUUAACUAUUUACGGUGCAUAAUUGUGUUUUUAAUUUAGCAAAAUGAAAAACAAUGAUUCGAUGAAGUGCUAUGUUUCUCAAGACUAUCCACUUUUAAAUAAGUUUACAACAAAUAUUUAAUUAAAUAAUCUCCAGACAGACAUAUGGAUUACUUGAUCUUGUGAUCAAGGGUCAUACAUGUAUUUCAUUCAUAUUGUUUAUGUUUGGGUGUGAUUUGAUGUCAACUUUGUAAAAUACUACAAAGUAUAUAUAGCCUAACUAUAUAUAUAUAUAUAUAUAUUAUAUAUAAGAUUACUUAUAUAUUGUGAAAUUCUAACAUAAUAGGUCGAAAUAAUACAAAUCAACACCUACAUAGUUUUUUCAACUAACCCUAAAUAAAAAAGCCUGAAUCAACAUUAUCCAGUGUCAGACUUACUUUCAUUUUUAAAUUGGUUAUUUCUUACUAACAAAAAUUGACAAUUGAGGAAAAAAAGCUCCAUCAUAGCAGUGCUCUAUCAGAAAGUUCGUGUACAUGAGCCGUAUAGCCUAUACCUUUGCAUGAUACAACAAGUUUACCCUCCCCCUCCAAACAAGGGGCGCAACUAAACUUUCACUUCAGAUGAGUUGCGCUUGGAGAGACGGUACCCUGCCUUGCUCUAGUUGUCUCGCGUUCUUGCCGAUCUGGCGCAAACCUGCCAACCCAUCCACUUCCUGUAGACAGCAAGUCCAUCCCUAACGGAGUAAAAACAAAGAGGAAGGAAUAAUUUUACUAAGUGUUCUAAAUAACGCGUUCUGAAGAGCAAUCUCCACUUGCCGGUCCGUCCGCAACACCCAAGAGCUCCUUCAUAUAGGUGGGCUAGAACAACGUCUUAUGCUUUAUAUCGCGUGUGUGCUGGGAGGCCGUUGCGUCGAUCGUUGUGUAGAAGGAAAACACGCUGUGGGUGCAACAUAGAAGUGUAUUAACCCCGAAGAUCUAUGGCACGGAUGAUACCAUUGACGCUCAACUUUUUUGCAUGAAAGAGAAAUCAGUUCAAAGCGCUGAGUUUGGGAAGCGAACUCAACCUACGUUAAGCUAUAUCAGAAUACCAAGUGCUUUCAUGUAUUGGAAAAAUGAGGUCUUGGCCCCUCUACCAGAGGGAGAUCAGUUUUUAUCCGAAGGAAUUCCCGCAAAACAGGUCAUUUCUCCAGGAAUGCAGCAGAGUGCACCGGGUGCCUCGCGCUGUGUGGAAGCCGAACACGUCAUGUCUCACUCUGACGGGGAAUCCCACCGAUCGAACAUGGAGAAUGGGGAAUCCCACCGAUCGAACACGCGCUCCUCCCCGAGUCCCCCCUCUACUCCAUCUAUCUGCUCGCCUACCUCCACCGCCUCCUCGGUGCUGUCCACCCGGAAGAACGUGUGCGCGAGCUGCGGUUUGGAGAUCCUGGACAGAUACCUUCUCAAGGUGAAUAACUUGAUCUGGCACGUGAGGUGUCUGGAGUGUUCUGUCUGCCGGACGUCGUUGCGUCAACACAACAGCUGUUACAUCAAAAACAAAGAGAUCUUCUGUAAAAUGGAUUAUUUCAGGUUCGGUACAAAGUGUGACCAGUGUGGACGCCAGAUAUAUUCCAGCGACUGGGUGCGUCGGGCCAAGGGCAAUACCUACCACUUGGCGUGCUUUGCCUGCUUCUCCUGCAAGAGGCAGCUGUCCACGGGGGAGGAGUUUGGCCUGGUGGAGGAGAAGGUGCUCUGCAGGAUCCACUACGACACCAUGGUGGAGAACCUCAAACGGGCUGCCGAGAGUGGUAGUGGCAUCACUCUGGAGGGGGCAGUGCCGUCAGAGCAGGACAGCCAACCCAAGCCUGCCAAGAGAGCACGCACCUCCUUCACUGCUGAGCAGCUGCAGGUGAUGCAGACUCAGUUUGCGCAGGACAACAACCCCGAUGCACAGACCCUGCAGAAACUGGCAGACAUGACUGGUCUAAGCAGGAGAGUCAUACAGGUUUGGUUUCAAAACUGCAGAGCAAGACACAAAAAGCAUACCCCCCAGCACAGCGGACCCCCACAAGGCCACCCCCAGUCCCGGAUGCACCCCUCACUGCCUGACGACCUGCAUUACUCCCCCUUUGGAAGUUCUGAGAGGGCGCGCAUGGUGGCCCUGCACGGAUACAUCGACAGUGAGUGUUACAUAGGCCACCCAUUCUCUGUCCUAGCGACACAGAGCCUGAACCCCCAUCAAGCAAUGUCGCUGUCCCAGCUACCCCUCAGCCGCUAACUAACGGAUGCUGCCGCCAUCACCCCUGACCUCCUAUCAGCAACCUCCGUUUGCCGACUCGACCCCAGAGGUCAAACAUGAAGACUUACGGAGAGGAUCAAGAUUCAAGAUGCCUAAGAGACCGAGGCAGAGAGAGACCGAAGCAGAGAGAGACCGAGGCAGAGAGAGACCGAGGCAGAGAGAGACCGAGGCAGAGAGAGACCGAGGCAGAGAGAGACCGAGGCAGAGACACAGACAGACGGA